CGCGCCAGUCGGCUGUCACGGCGUGUGCACGCAUGCUUGUUCUGGCCCUAACUGCUUCUCUCUCUAGGUGACUAGAUACUGACACAGUGUACUCCUGUAUGUACAUGUUCAUGUACACGACCUCGGGCCCCCAUAAAGCGGUACGGUAGCCGAUAUCAGGGGGUGCCCUAGUAGUUACCCACAAGCCCAUCACAACUCUGACACGGUCGAAAAAAGAGAGUUUACUUGUAAGGACACGCGCCGCUUGGAAGCAACUUCCCCCGACAACCUCACUCUCAACACACGUUAACCAAGGCGUAUCAGCUGGGAUGUAACAAACUUGGGGGCAACUCACUCCAGUCAGCUAGCUCACUACACGGAACCUAUAGCCAGUGGUCCAUCCCAACAUCUCUUCAACUUCGAAACUUUUCUUUUGGUUAUUUUAUCGAGUUCUCUGAAACUCAUUCUUUUGGGGUCAACUUCUGGGCAGAUCAAACGCAUGGGAUUAUACCGGACCAGGAUUUUAUUACGCAGGAAAACGCACUUCUUCUAACCCAACCUCUGCCGGUUCGAGGCACGACCUUCUUUCAAGCUGGAGAAAACAAGCAUGUCAACCUUUGCGCAGUUCGGCUACCCGUAUCCGGCCUCGUCACAGUUACUGAUGUCGGCUGCUACCCCGGCUUCAUCGUGCUGUGAGAGCGGUCGACCGGUCGUCACCGAUCCUCACACGGGGCAAGCGGUGUGUUGCUCCCCGCUAGACAACCGUGCCACCGCGCUGCUCCACUCGCGGGUGGCUGGGCUGCCUGCGCUCUACACAUCCCCGUACGCUACUGACCCGGGCUUCGUUCAUUUCGCCGCGGAUCCUUCUGCGUUCUACUCACCUCUCAAUUCAGCGUACGAUUUGAAGACGAAUCCGGAGGGAUGGAGUGCUUUAGCCCAGCCCACCGCCUGCUACCCGUACGACCCUACCACAUAUCAGUACUACGGCGACCGAUACGGCGCGAUGGAUUUGAACGGCGCCAGGCGCAAGAACGCCACCCGCGAGACGACCAGCACGCUGAAAGCCUGGCUGUACGAGCACCGCAAGAACCCGUACCCAACCAAAGGCGAGAAGAUCAUGCUGGCCAUCAUCACCAAGAUGACACUGACCCAGGUAUCCACCUGGUUCGCCAACGCCCGGCGACGCCUCAAGAAGGAGAACAAGAUGACCUGGUCGCCCCGCAACCGCUGCGGCGACGGCCGGAAGGAAGACUACGAGUCCGAAGACGGCGAGGACCACGAGCGAGACGACGACAUGGAUGGACUAGGCACUGACCUGGAAAGCAACCACAAUGGACAGUUGUCAGAUCGUGAGGGAACGAGGGAGGAAAAUAACAACGAGAAGGAGGAUGAGAAUGAUGACGAUAGGGAAAUAAUAGUGUGCGAUUGUAGCAGUAGUAGCCAUGUAGGUUUACCGCGUAUUGAGCCGAGGGUACCGGCUGGGUUUGUGGGUACCAACCCGGACAGAGACUCUGUGAGUAUCACGGUGGACGAUGAAGAAAACAGCCAUCAUCAUAACCAUCAUCCUCAUCGGUCCAGGGAACUUUGUGGUAGCCCCCUCUGCCACCGGAGGAGUCCCAGCCCCGCCCCUCUGGCGCCCUCAAUGAUCCGAGCAACCUGCCGACCUACCUCCAGAUCCCCACCGUGCGAGAAACCGCUGCCGGCCUCGCCGCCCCGGCAGGCCGAGAAACCCAAGAUCUGGUCGCUGGCGCACACGGCCACCUCCAGCAGCCCCGAGCGGGAGCGCCGGUCGCGAUCGCCCGUGCGCUCGCCCGUCCACAACGGCGUGCAGGCAGCCAUGCCGACCAACCUAGCCCAGAACUUUCACUACCCGUACGACUCGCCCAUGAGCACGCUACGGCAGUGGGUGGACGGACAGUUUCACGGGGGUUUGCCCAUACCUAGGAUGUCUACGGGGUUGCCCAACAUGCAUCAGCUCUCGGCAGCAGCUUCCAGUCUCCAAGGCGCCCGAGCACCCACCUGUGUCGUCAGCAGCUCACAAGGACCUCUAUUCUCCACGGCCUCGGGGAUCGGGAGUAGGCACCCACUAUUAGUCCACGAUGUAUCAGCCAUGCAUAAUGGAGUUACCAUCACUACGUCUCCCCAUAAAGAAGUAGUCGUCGACUCUAGACGAGACAGCAGCGAUAGUAGAGAAGCCGACGAACCGAUAAUGAGGACGGCUUUCAAGCCAGUGCCGAGGCGAUAAGAGAUCGCUCACUCUGGCAGUGACAUCGGUCUGCGCAGACUCGGUGACCUCCUGGUACCCUGUAGUGAUUGGUUGGUGCGGCUGACGUCAUGUCGAACGGGGUCAACCAACCGAUGACUUUUUCUACGGCUGGCUGGCUGUGUGGUGUUCCGUGUCUUGACGCUGUACUGUUUCGUCUUGAGGAGUAUUCACGUAGCUGACAGCGCGUGAACUGCGGACUUGCUCGACAUCAGCGUUUGCUGUUCUCGGCAGAUUACCAACUAAAAUCGGCACCGGAUGGAUAAUUCUGGGAUGUCUGAUUGCCGUGCCUGAUUGGAGGACCGAGACCGAGCAGAUUUGUGCUGUAGAACGCGAGGAAAACCGGCGGAUUCUGCGGUCUGGUUAUCGGCCCACUUCACCGGUUCGCGGUGACAAAAUUUUUGCCGUAGUCUUCAAAACAAACGAGAUUUCAGACCCGAAUUCUAUCCAUCGCACACUCAGCCACCAACAGAACAUGGAUUCUGCUAACGGUGUUAAACUGUUUUAUUUAUAUUACACAUCGGACUCCUUUCUUCUCCGUGGCACCUGAAGGAAAAUGUGGUAGUAGUUGGAAGAUAAUCCUCACCCUAUAGUUAUUUAUUUAAUGAGAAAAAAAAUGUCAUUGAGAGUAUAUUGUUUUCAUAAGCAGGUGUAAGUAAAAUGUCGCAUUUGUUUUUGUUUUGUUUCGUUUUUUUUUAUAAAUUGAGAUCCAUAGUGGAGGUUAUAUUGGUAAUAUAUGUAUAUACUGCAUCAUUUUCUAUUGACAAGAAACAAAAUGUGACAACUGCCAUAUGACAUGAUGGUGCAUUUUUUCAGUGUGAGUUAAGAAGGGUGAGCUAAACAAGAAAAACGCAGCAUAAACUUUGUAAUUCUGUUGCCAAAUACAACUUGCUUGAAUGCCCAUAGCGGUUGACCUCCAAAAUUUUAGUCCCUACCAUACUCAUAGGCUACUUGUUGGGUCAGCACAAUAUUGUGUAGUCUUAUCUUAUUUUCCGACCUGUUAGUUUUUAUUAUACGCUUGCGAGCAAUUCAAAUGCAAGUUUUCACUGUAGAAAUAUCUGCAGUCCAAUCCCAUUCGAAUUAGAAAAAAAAUAGUGUUUGGAGUCUAGUGUUUACAAAUGUUAUUAAAAGGUUCUGUUGUAUUCGUUUAGUACUUAACUUCGCCAAUACUCGAGACAAAGCAUAUACACUGGUCAUUAUACAGGCUUAUCUUUGUAUAUAAACGGCUCCUGAACCGAAUCCAUUUUGUUUCAAAUUUUGUCAAAGUGUGUGAGACUGCAUUUUGGAUUCAAAUAAAAUAGAGUAAUCCAAUUUAGAACGGUCAUCAUUUCAACAUUUGUUACCCUUGGAUGCCGAUGACGCACUGCCAGAUCCCAAGAGGUCAUUUGCAAACAGAGACUGUGAAACUCUUAAACGGUCUUGGUCAUUGUCAAACGUUUUGUUCAUUUUGUCUUAAAAAGAAAAACUCGCACUUUAUGUUGCUGGAAUUGUAUUGCGAAUUCAAACGAAUUUAUCUGUUAAUCCCAGUAUUCAAUUUGUCCGAGUCAAGUUAACAAAAGUAGGCCCUAUGCACGGACGCUGUACAUUUUGAUCUGUGACGGGUUUCCCCUUGUUGCAUUCGUUGUGAAGGAUCUAAAUUAGGGACGCCAUUUUGAAAGGUUUUCUUGGCCAUUUCAUGAUCUCUCAUCACAAAUUGGUGGAAUUAUUUGACCUAAUUGUUAAAACCAGACACAGUUUAAUAACAUGUUUUCCUCGUUAAACCCAGGGACGGCAAAUUGCCAAUGUUACAAAUGAGUUUUGAAUGUAACCUGAAGAAACAUAUGCUAACGUGUCACGUUACAUGAAAAUGGGCUCCCAUGUUAUGUGUAAAAUGUUAUGUGUAUAAUAUUACGCCAACAUAUGUUGGCGGUAAACUAGUUAUCUCUUUUGCGUCUUGCGAACUCAUCUCGCACUAUGUUAAAAACGGGUACACCGUUGCCAAUGAGUUUUCUUUGUGCGUGAUGAUGUUUGUGACCUAUCAUAAGCCGUAUUAUGUUCUAUCACUUUAAAAAAAAUAGUCUGGAAAAAAACCCCGAUAAUGUUACGGGUCGCUAGGGCAUGCAUAGUUGUCAUGGCGAUUCCGUAGUCUUGUAAUACUGAGUGACCUACGUGUUAGAGACAAUGGAGUGGUGUACUGCCAUCCUUCAAAUCAAUAUUGUUGACUUCAUCUUGUUAAUGUCCACUAUUUUUUUCUGUGAACGGAAAAAAAAACUUGCCUCACGAAACCCGGCGUCGGGAUCAUUUUAAUAAUUCAGGCCGUUGUUUGUUGGUUAUUUUGGAAAUCAGCCGAUGGGAACCGAAAGGAUCGGGAUCGGAUAAAAAUUCCAUCUGGUAUUUUGAAGUUUGAUCGAAAAUCGAUUUUUCCGCAUACCAAUCUGACUGUCAUAGUUGGGCGUUAAUGGUGUGAUGAACGCACAGGAUUAGCUUUUGUGACUUGUUUACCAACUCAUGCAUCCGUUGAGCUUUGAAGGGGGAAAAAUAUUUCUGAAAUGUGAAACCCGUUUGUUUACACCACGUUUACUUGACAUGUUGGUUGUCAAGUCGCUUUCAUUGUGACUCUCAAAAGCUCGAUUUCAAACGAAAUUGAUUUUGCGAGUAGACGCAAACGUUUUUGUGAGAAGACAGAUCCAAUCAGGUAUUUCGUAUUAAGUAUACCGUAUAUACAGACCAUAACUCAGUGGUACGAUGACUGUGAUUGGCCAGUUGGAAAAAGUCGCGCGUUUAAAAGUUAUAAGCAUUUAAGUCUUGCAGAUAAACAUGCAGAAAACCCACCACUGCCCAACUACUGCCCUGUACUUAGUUACAUAUGUUAAUUUUAAUGUUAAAAUGGUGAAAAAAAAGACUUAUAAUAAAGUGUUUCUGUGAUACGAUUUGAGUGUUUCGAAGCGCUCUGUAUUUCGUUUUUUAUAACCGAGUUAAAAUACGCCUGUGUUCACUUGUGUUUCACGUAGUAACAAAAAAAGCAAAGCUUUUUGGCAGGGAAAUUGUGUACAAAUUUUCUUUGUUUUUGUAAUUAUCUACUGUUGUUAAUGUUGCGACGGAAAUGUAUAUACAUUUGUGGGAGACGAAAAAAAUAAUAAAGGUGAUGAAAUUACGAUGAUAAAA